GUUGUCGUAUUUCGCCGGAUUCUCGUUCGUUAUUUUGCUCGAGUUUUGACGAAUUUCCCUGUUUACGGCCGCCCGGACACAAAUCAAGAUGAAAGUCAAAGAACUGCUGAAGACAGUAAAUGUAGCAUGGUCUCCACCAACUCAACAUCCCAUCAUGUUGGCUGCUGGGACAGCGGCACAGCAGUUGGAUGCCAGUUUCAGUACUUCUGCCAGUUUAGAUCUGUAUUCGCUGAAUUUACAGCAGCCUGGAUAUGAAAUGGAACUCCAGGCUAGUGUCCCUAGUGAUCAUAGAUUUCACAAAAUUAUCUGGGGAUCCUAUGGAAAUAAUUCAGCAGGUAUAAUUGUUGGCGGUUGUGAAGAUGGAACUAUAAAAAUCUAUUCUGCUGCAAAGUUAUUGGCUAAAGACAAUAACUGCCUAAUAAACAGUCCUCAUAGGCACACUGGUCCUGUUAGAGCAAUGGAUUUUAAUCCCUUUCGAGAAGAAAAUCAACUAGCUACAGGUGCUACAGAAAGCGAGAUUUAUAUUUGGGAUAUUAAUACAAACAUGCCGACAACCCUUUCUAGAAGCCAGCAGUCAGAAGAUGUUCAACAUAUUGCUUGGAAUAAACAAGUACAUUUAAAAGAUAUUCUUGCUUCUACAUUUUCACAAUGCUGUAUUAUAUGGAAUGUGAAAGAAAAGAAACCAAUAUUCAAACUGACAGAUGCAAAUUCCAGGGUUCGCUGGAAAGUUGCUCAGUGGCAUCCAGAUAUUGGAACACAAUUAUGUUUGGCAUCUGAAGAUGAUCAAACACCUAUCAUUGAAUUAUGGGAUGUGAGAUUUCCAACAUCGCCUUUAAAAACUCUACAAGGUCAUCAGCGUGGUGUUCUUUCAAUCGCAUGGAAUCCACAGGAUGCUGAUUUACUCCUGAGUUGUGCUAAGGAUAAUAGAAUUUUGUGUUGGAAUCCCAAUUCAAAUGCAUUGAAUGGUGAGGUGAUAUGUGAAUUAGCCCAAACAGCUCAGUGGAACUUUGAUGUGUCUUGGUGCCCAAGAAAUCCAGGUUUAAUUGUUGGCAGUAGCUUUGAUGGACAUGCUGUUGUUUAUUCUUUGUUAGGUGGACAACAGCAAGAAACAUCUAACAAAAUAGGAGAUUCAUUCCCAGGAAUGGAUCCUUUCACUCAAUCUACAAUACAAACAGGAACGAUGGCAGUAUUAACAAAAGCUCCUAAAUGGUUAAAAAGACCAUUUGGAGCAUCAUUUGGAUUUGGUGGUAAAUUAGUGAGGUUCGAGAAUCAGUCUGCUGAUCCGAAUUUAGCAAACAAAAAAGCGACUAGGAAAGUUAUUAUAUCACAAGUAAAUAUACAAGCCAAUCUUAUUCAACGUUCCAACAAAUUAAAAACAACACUGGAAACUAAGCAAUUCAACGAGUUUUGUAAAGAAAAGAUGGAUAUGUCUCCAGAUGAACAUACCAAAAAAAUCUGGAGAUGUGUACGUGCUUAUUUUGAUGAAAAUGUGAUAAAAAGCAUAUUGGAGAUAUUGGGCUACAAUACUGAGACAAUGAAUAAUAAACUGAAUCAGUUUGUGCCUCAAGAUGACAUAAACAACAUUAUAGAAGGUGUCUCUAAUCUCAAUAAU